AUGGAGGGGGAGGAUAGUUUUGUGACUCUGGUUCACUACUUUAGAAAAAUUCAAAAGAGCAAAAGGCAUGGUGAAAAAUUCACAGAUAGAGAACCGCUUAGUGUUUUUAUCCGAUCGUCGAAUACAUUGGCGGAGAUUAAGCAAAGCAUAUUACGGAAGCUCGGUACGUGCGGGACGAAGUGGGAUAUGAGAUAUGAGACCUUCGUGAUCGGGUCGGAUGAAGACUUGCAGGUCUUGUUUCACUGCAGGCGUAGUUUUUCGGAGGUGAGGGUAACUGAGUUGUUUGCGAAGUUGGAAGAUGGUGUGGAUAGCUCUAGGGCAUCGGCACCUAAUCCUCAGUCGACCCCAGCUGGUGGUGCAUCAACAUCGAUACCUGUGGUAGUAGUGGCAGUUCUGAAUGCGGAGCCCAAACGUGCUGAGGCUGUUCAUGCAUAUGUUGGUCCUGUUGUUCCUGGUUUUGAAUGCGAUGCCGGACCGGAUCGAAUUGAGAAUGCACUGUUUGACGAUGAUUCGUAUGGGGAGCCUGUCGAUAUUGGUGGGGACAGUGAUGAUGAUAUUCCAAGAGGUGGAUGUUCAGCCCAUGGAGGUUCCGGUUCUGCAACACAGGAGUACCCUCCCCACAUCUCUUCUUUGAACUUGGAAGCCAUCGGCCAACAACAGAAUGCUGAUGCAACAUUCGAUGGGCAGGGGAUGCAUGAUGGGACAUCUAUGACUGAAUUUCAGAUUGGCCAAUACUUCCAGAGUAAAGAGGAAACCGUGUUGAGUGUAAAAGAUUACAGUAUUCGGCGUGGAGUUGAGUACAAGGUUAUGGAGUCCGACAAUCUGAAAUACCAAGGGAGAUGCAAGGAGUUUGGUAACGGGUGCACGUGGUUGAUUCGGAUAGUCAUGCGGAAAAAGAAGAGCACAUGGGAAGUUAGGAGGUACAACGGUCCGCACACGUGUAUGGCCACAUCGAUAUCAAGCGACCACAAGCAGCUUGAUUAUCAUGUCAUCUGUGCGAGAAUCUAUCCAUUGGUUCGAGCUGAUGCGUCGGUGUCUAUUAAGGUGUUGCAAGAGGCAACGGAGGCGACUUAUGGAUUCAGGCCUAGUUAUCGGAAGGUGUGGUUGGCGAAGUAG